UUGUUAUCGUUUUGUUUUGGAUGUAAUACCAAGAACAAAUUGUAAUUUUGAAUACCGCUUAUUUUAUUUUUACAGACAUUUAAAUUAUUUUGUAUUCAUCACUUCAUUAAGAAUUUGGAAACGUGUAAUUUGAAAAAGUGUUUAGUUAUAGUUGUUAUGUACUAUUAGUGUUACCUUGAAUAAUCAUGUCUGAUACAGAAGAUGUUUAUAUGUGCGAAGAUGAUGAAGAUUAUGGUCUUGAAUAUUCUGAAGAUAGCAAUUCAGAACCUGAUGUUGACUUAGAAAAUCAAUACUACAAUUCUAAAUCUUUAAAAGAAAGAGAUCCAAAUUCCUCUCUAGUAUCAUUUCAAAAAGUUUUAGACCUUGAAGCUGGUGAAAAAGGAGAAUGGGGUUUCAAAGCUUUGAAGCAGAUGAUAAAAAUAAAUUUUCGGCUUAAUAACUAUGAAGAAAUGAUGAACCGAUAUAAGCAACUGCUAACAUACAUUAAAACAGCAGUUACUCGAAACCAUAGUGAAAAAUCUAUCAACUCUAUAUUGGAUUAUAUAUCAACAUCGAAAAAUAUGGAUCUCCUUCAAAAUUUUUAUGAAACAACAUUGGAUGCUCUUAGAGAUGCUAAAAAUGAUAGAUUAUGGUUUAAAACCAAUACAAAAUUAGGAAAAUUAUAUUUUGAUUUAGCUGAUUAUAACAAGCUCACAAAAAUUCUAAAGCAGCUUCAUGCAUCUUGUCAAACUGACAAUGGAGAAGAUGACCUCAAAAAAGGUACUCAGUUAUUGGAAAUCUAUGCAUUAGAAAUUCAAAUGUAUACUGCUCAAAAAAAUAACAAAAAAUUAAAAGAGCUAUAUGAACAAUCUCUGCACAUAAAAUCUGCUAUACCACAUCCUCUUAUCAUGGGUGUAAUUCGAGAAUGUGGAGGUAAAAUGCAUUUAGAAGAAGGUCAUUUUUCAAAAGCUCAUACUGACUUUUUUGAAGCUUUCAAAAAUUACGAUGAAUCUGGAAGCCCUCGUCGCACAACAUGUUUAAAAUACUUAGUUUUAGCUAAUAUGCUUAUGAAAUCAGGUAUUAAUCCAUUUGAUUCACAAGAAGCAAAACCUUAUAAAAAUGAUCCAGAAAUUUUGGCCAUGACCAAUUUAGUACAAGCAUAUCAAAAUGAUGAUAUAAAAGAAUUUGAAACUAUUUUAAAAAACCAUAGAAAAAAUAUUAUGGAUGAUCCUUUCAUCAGAGAGCAUAUUGAAGCCCUCUUAAGUAAUAUUCGAACUCAAGUACUGAUUAAAUUGAUUAAACCAUAUACACGUGUACAUAUUCCAUUUAUAGCAAAAGAGUUGAAUAUUGAAGAAAGUGAUGUUGAAAAUUUAUUGGUUACUUGUAUUUUAGAUGAAACUAUAAAAGGUCGUAUUGAUCAAAAAAAUCAAGUACUAACAUUAACAUUAGUUGAUUCAGCAUCAAAUCGUUAUGCAGCAAUUGAUAAAUGGACCAACCAGCUUGCUACUCUUAACUUGUCAAUAUCUCAAAAAAUUUUUUAAUUUGUACUUCAGAUUUUUUUUUAAUACAUAUGUAUAUUACAAUUUUUUCAGCAAUUUUAAGUCUAUAAUAUGUGUCUUUGUGUGCAAAGCAAAGAUUCAAAUAAAAGUAAAGUAAUUUUAUUUAAAAA